AUGCGCACCGCAUCGAUCAUCCUCGCGGCGGCCUCCGCCGCCUCCGUUCUCGGCGCCCCCCUCGAGAAGAGGGCCAACUAUGACCCCCUUCCCGGAGGUGACUCCACGAUCUUGAACUACGCGCUCGCUCUGGAGUACCUCGAGAGGGCCUUCUACGGAGAGGGUCUCAAGAACUACACCGAGGCCGAGUUCUGCGAGUACGCAGGCGAGGUCGGUGAGAAGUUCUACAAGAACCUGAGGAUCAUCUAUGAGGAUGAGAAGACGCAUGUCGACUACAUCCAGAAGGCUCUCGGCGCCUCCGCCAUAGCCGAGCCGUCCUUCAGCUUCCCCGUCACCGACGCCGAGUCCUUCCUCGCUCUCGCCAGCAUCCUCGAGGGCGUCGGCGUGUCCGCCUACCUCGGCGCUGCGGGCGUCAUCGCUGACAAGACCUACGUCCCCGUCGCCGGCUCCAUCUUGACCGUCGAGGCCCGCCACUCCUCCUACAUCCGCGCCGCCCUGGGCCAGAAGCCCUUCCCCGCCCCCUUCGACACCCCCCUCAACUUCAACCAGGUCUUCUCCCUCGCUGCCCAGUUCAUCACGGGAUUCGCCCCGGGCACCCCUGACCUCCCGUUCAAGGCCUUCCCCGAGCUCGUCGCCGGUCCCACCCGAAACUCCGAAGGCGCCGUUUUCGAGGGCGCCUACAAGGCCGCAGUCGACGCGAAGACCGUCCCCGCCGACGCCGAGGUCUACGCCGUCUUCUUCUCGGGCCUGGACAUCUACUACAGCGAGGUCGUCGUCAGCGGCGAGGACUACGUCGUCCCUGAGAUCCCCGAAGGCCCCAAGGGUCAGGUCUACGUCGUCCUCAGCACCGCCAACGGCAAGGACGCCAAGGUCUCUGACGAGAACACCGUUGCUGGUGUCGGCAUUCUCGAGAUCGACUGGUAG